AUGAAUAGCUCAGUGCUGGAUCCGGAACUUCAAAUGCCCGAGUUUCUGGGGGUAAAGUCACUAGAACGGACCAGAAAACGAAAAGGAGAUUUUGAUGAUACUUUUUCAUUGAACAAGGGAUUAAACCAAUCUACCUCAGAAUUGUCAGAAUCAUCAGAAGGACUGAGUUCUCUUAACCCUGCAAAGGAAAGUCGACGAGAUGAUCGAAGUUUUGAAGCGUUGAUGUCUUUACAAACUGGAAAUCCGAGUCUAAGCUCAUCGAAUCAGACAGUUCCAAUGGGUGCAAUUACGGCGGCAAAUAUUCCAUUAGCAGUAGAUGAUCUAGGGUCAAAGGAUUAUUUGUCCAAGCCCGCUACAGAUGCAGGAAUUGUUGAUGGAUCUGCCUCAUUGGCUUCUACUGGACCACUUUUAAUGAACACGAGCAUCAAAAAAAGUCCCCCAGAAGAUACCAAUUCUAGAGGUAACGCCAGAUGGACCGCAGAACAUUGGGAUUACCUUGAACAGCGGAUGCAAGAAUUCUGCGAUGCUUUUCAAAUGACGCACCAACAAGUUGGGGAACUUUUGCAGGAUAAACGCCUUCAUGGACCACUCUCAUCACUUGUCAAGAUAUUAGUAGAUGAAAUGCCAAGCUUCACAAGGAGAACCAUUCUACGGCAUUUGCGAGCCUUCUACAACAUUCCCGGUUACGAAAAGUAUAGCCGAAGAAACUCAAGUGGAAAGGGUGAUUUUGGUGUUCAGGAGACUGCCAUUAUAGCUCAGGAAGUACGAAAUUUCAUUUUGGAGCAAGGUUGGACUGAAUACCAGUUUUGCAAUCAAAUUUGGGCAGGAAAAUGCCCUAAGCCAAUUCGUUCCUUUUAUUCCAAUUUGUAUAAAAAGCUCUCACAUAGAGAUGCGAAGAGCAUUUAUCACCAUGUUAGACGAGCCUAUAACCCAUUUGAGGAACGUUGUGUGUGGAGUAAGGAAGAAGAUGAAGAACUAAGAAGAAAUGUUUUGGAACACGGAAAGUGUUGGACCAAAAUUGGCCGGAAAAUGGCACGCAUGCCAAACGAUUGUCGGGACCGUUGGCGUGAUGCAGUUCGAUUUGGCGAUCGGUUGAAGCGCAAUGCAUGGUCUUUGGAUGAAGAGACUCAAUUAUUACAGAUUGUAGCAGAAUUACGAAAUCGUGAGGAUAUGAGUUCUGAUAUCAACUGGACAUUGGUAGCACAACUCUUAGGAACAAGGACAAGAUUGCAAUGCCGAUAUAAAUUUCAACAGCUUACAAAAUCUGCUCCCAAGUUCGAAUUACAAGAUAAUGUUUGGCUUUUAGAAAGAAUCUACAAUUCGCUUGUCAAGUAUGGAGACCAAAUUCAUUGGGAUGCUAUCGUUCGAGAGGCGAAUGGACGCUGGUCCCGUGAUCAAAUGCUUUUUCAGUUUAUUAACUUGAAGAAAAUGAUUCCAAGCUAUGAUAACUUACCCCUUCUGGAAGCUACACAAUCGGCUAUUUCUGAUUUUAAAGUAGUGCUAUCAGGGUUUUCUAGCUGA